CCGGUGAUGUAGUUCCAGCCCAAACCGUUGAUGGAGCUCCUUCCACAACUGAUACAGGAGCAACACAAGCCGCGCCUGAUGUAGCACCAAAACAAGACGCAUCUGCCGCAUCUUCACCAGCCGUUGAUGGAGCUCCUUCCACAACCGGUGAUGGAGCUCCAGCCCAAACCGGUGAUGUAGUUCCAGCCCAAACCGUUGAUGGAGCUCCUUCCACAACCGGUGAUGGAGCUCCAGCCCAAACCGUUGAUGGAGCUCCAGCCAAAACCGUUGAUGGAGCUCCUUCCACAACUGCCGCAUCUUCACAAGCUGAUGUAGCAGCAAAACAAGACGCACCUGAUGCAGGAACAACACAAGCCACACCUGCGGCAUCUUCACCAGGUGAUGCAGCACCAAAACCAGCCACACCUGCUGCAUCUUCACCAGCCGAACCAACAAAAACAACAACAUCUACAGCCGCCCCAACAACAACAACAACAUCUACAGCCGCCCCAACAACAACAACAACAUCUACAGCCGCCCCAACAACAACAACAACAUCUAAAGCAACAGGAAAAGAAACAUCAACAGGAAAAGAAGCAUCAACAGGAAAAGAAACAUCUAGACCAUGGGAAGACUAUAGCUCUUCUUCAAGUGAAGAAGAUCGUUGUGAAGUGAAACCAAGCAAAAGAGUAAAGUGUGGUGACAAUGGAAUAACCAGAAGACAGUGCAAGAAACUGAAAUGCUGCUUUCGUCACAGAGGUCAUGGAGGUAUACAUUGUUUCCAUCCAAAACCAAAAGGUCAUAAAGAACAUAUGAUACCAGCAAACGAGUGCAAAAUGGAGCACAGUAAAAGGAAAGAAUGUGGAUACAAAGGCAUCGAUGAGUCUGAGUGCAAGCGUAAAAAUUGCUGCUUCGAUUCCAGCGUUCCCGGAGCGAUAAAGUGCUUCUUCCCAUCCUCAAAAGCUACUUCGAGUGAAGAACACAGAAAAUCAACAGCUUCAAGUGAAGAAAUCGAGAAGCAAAAAGCUCCAGCACCUGCUCCAGCUCCAGCACAGAAGCCUGCUGCAGCUCCAGCACCUGCUCCAGCUCCAGUAACAACGACUGCUACUACGACAAAGACUACCACUCCUACUACUACAACUACUACUACUACUCCAGCAACAACUACUACUCCUACUACUACAACAACUACUACCACUCCUACUACAACAACAACUACCACAACUACCACUCCUACUACAACAACUACUACCACUCCUACUACAACAACUACAACUACUACUACAACAACUACCACCACCACUGCAAAAACGACAACAACAACAUCAACAGAAUGCAGUAUGAGCCCCGGUGCAAGAGUCGACUGUGGGUACUCAGGAGUUUCCGAGUCUCAAUGCAGGAAUAAGAGUUGCUGCUUCGAUUCAAGCAUCCCCAACGUUAAAUGGUGUUUCUACACACAGUCACAAGUUGCGGACUGCAAAGCGGUACCACCAGGUCAGAGAACAGAAUGUGGCUCCCCAGGAAUCUCUGCAGAUCAAUGCAGGAAACUGAACUGCUGCUUCGAUUCCAGCAUUUCAGGAGUCAAAUGGUGCUUCUAUUCCAGCUCACAAGCUCAAGCCCAAGCUCAACUUCAAGCUCAAGCUCAAGCUCAAUGCUCAGGCCCUCCCUCUAAGAGAAAGAACUGUGGUAAUCCAGGAAUGUCUGCCAAUGAAUGUAAAAACAAGGGAUGCUGUUGGGACAGUUCUGUACCGAAUGUGCCCUGGUGUUUCGCCCGGAAUUAAAAAGAUCUUCACUGAAAUAUCGUGGCAAAGACUGGAUUCACAAAAAGGAUUUGAGCGCAACAUUUGCUACUUAUGAUCUAUAACAGCAUGUUUGAAAAUAAUGUAUAACAGAAGCUAAUAAUGUCUUGUAUGUUUUAAUAACAUCCUAAUUAAAGCGCUUGCAAUCAUAAA